ACGCUUUGGCAUUCAGAAAAGUGUUCUUGUAUGUUCACUAACAACAGCGCAAAUGAGCAUGAUCAACAACCUCGGGACACGACUGUUCAAAUCUGUCACUGACAAAGCCGGUGACCUUGGCGACAAAUUUGAGGAGGAAUUCGCGCGGCUCUCGCAGAACAUUACGGCGGAAGUGGACGCAAUUGUUACUGAGGCCAUAUCGUUGUCGGGAUAUAUAAAGGUCGCGCUAGUUAUCCUCUGUAUAUUACUGAUAUUGGCUAUCAUCCGAUUUAGUGCUUUUGGUUUUCGGUGCAUGUUCUUCAAAGCAUGGGACUGGAUACGAGCUAAUGAAAGCAAACCACCUCCUCAGGUAAUCCUGCUAAUGCCCACUGGCGAUGGUAAAUAUCGUCCUACCACGACUGUAUACGCUGAUCCGCAAACAAAGAGUGUUAUUGAUCGGAUUCAACGGGAGUCGUUUGAGUUGUUCAACGAAUACGAGCAUGAACCGAUUCGGAUGAAACCUCCUAAACUUGGCGCCAUCAAAAACUCUCGCUAAGCUCUUAUUUGAGCUAUGGAAUGCAACAAAUUGCUUUUGUUCUACUGCUUUAUCACAUGCUAUCGUAAUGUGAAAUCUCGUAGUCCCACAAUCUUUAGCCCUUUUAUCACCUUAUCGUCCUUCCUUGACUCAAAGGAAGUAGAAAUCCUGAGUUUGGUAUUGCUCCGCCUUCUUGUUCGUGAUGUAUUUGACUUUGCAAGGUAUUCAUCGAUUUGCUCUUGCCGUUGCCUUAUCAUUAGUGCACGGGUAUAAAAAAUCAUUUUUACAGUGUAUGUGCUCCUUAUAUAAAACAUAACCUAGGCAGUCACCUUUUCUGAUUUCAAGUUGCGUUUCUAUAAAAAGUUCCUUUGCGUACUAAUCUGCAAUUCCAUUCCAUGAAACGGUUUAUUCUACUACCGGAGCUGGCCUGUUGCUCGUUUUGAUACUUGCUUCAUGAUAGAAACCACGUAAAUCAUUUGUAUUGUACGAUGUGCAUAUGCUACAUUCAUAGAAAGAAAGGAGACAUUAGCAUGGGUAAUUAUAAAAAUACCUCUGCCCGUAUUUGUAAAGUACCUUUGUUUUAUUUGCAGCC